CAGUUAAGCUAGCAAACACUGUAGGGUUGGUUCUUGACAGCUGCCCUUAUCCAGAAUAACGCCACAACUUAGCUGCUUUUACUGUUCGCCCUGGUUUUCUUAUGACAUCCUUCAAAUCCGGCGCAUUAUGUUUGAGGAUCCUGAACUCCAAGAUCCAUUGUCACUGAGUUUAAAUGAAAACUACGAUGACCAGAAUUCACCACAACAUGAUUCAAAAAAAGCAAGCCCUGACUAUAAUUGUGAGACACCAGAGAUUCAAGUAAUCAUCAAAGAGGAAGAGGAAGGCUGGACUGUGAGUGAAAAUCAUGAGAGCUUCAGCUCCGAGGGAGAAAAAGAAGAUACUUCGACACACCCUUGUCCUCCCCUCCUCAAAGCAUGCGGGAAGGAGAGCUCCAUUUCAUACGGGGUGAAGAGACACGAGAGAGUAUAUUUGGUGGAGAAAUGCUCAGAGGAGUCUGGUGGCCCGACUCUCUGCGGGCAGAGCUCCUCUGCCAGAGAGGAGCGGCACAGGCACAUGGUCAUGGACUCUACUGAGAAACCGAAGAUUUCCUGUGUAUGUGGAAAAGUGCCGGGAAAUGUGACUGUGCAUCAUUGCAAUAACACAGUACGAGAGACGUCCGCCAGUCGCAAAACGAACAUGAAGUCCCAUCAGAGAACACAUGCAGUGGAUGAGUGUCACACUCAAGAUCAGAGCCGUGACGCAAAACAAAGCACAUCUUUGCCAACAGAAGCAGAACUACAUGAGACCAAAAGAUCAGCACCUUGUCAAACAGAUUCUCCUGAACAUAAACCCCUGAUGUCACAUGGACUGAAGAUGGCAUCUGCAAACUUAGAGGACCAAACGCUCCAUUUAACUGUCAGACUGCAGGCAGGGGAGGAGGAGGCACAAGAGGAGGAACAAGAUGAAGAAAUAGGCGGUUUAAUCAACUCUGAUGGAGAAGUGGUUGAAUGGGAUGCCAGAGACAGUCCUGACCGAGGCUCUGAUUGCACAGAAAGUCCUCAGCCUAGCAAGAUUGUCAUCCUGUCUGAGUCUCAGCUGCAAGGCCAAAACCAGAGAGACAGCAGUAGUCCAACGCUCCUCAUGGAAGUUGUGUCUGUGGGGGAAGAUGAAGAAAGGGAAGAAGGGGAGGAAAAAGAGAGAGUAGUAAAGAUGGCAGCUGUCCCUUCCUUGUAUCGUGGAAAGAGACCGAGAAGAAAGAAGAAGGUUCCAGAAAUAACUGUGGUGUCGUUGGAUGUCUCAGACACAGAGAAAGACGUCCCUGCAGGUCCUGUAAAAGUAAAAAGAAGGGGCAGAAGAAAGAUCUCAGCUCCACUGUUGUCCAGUGAAGACUUAGAGGCCGAGCCUGGAAUAUCGAGGCGUACCCGAAGAAAGAGAAAUUUACCCACCACAGUAGAAUCGACAGAAGUAAACUCAAAAACUGUCCAUCGUGUUGCUGCAAAGCGACCUCACAGAAGGAGGAGGGAAACCAAACCAUCUGCUGAAGGAGAAGGAGAAAACACGGGUGGUUCUGCUGGGAAGAAGCGACCUGGUAGAAAGAUGGUUCGUGUUCCAAUCGAAAUCCCUCCUGAGCUCCUGAAGAAGCCCAAAGAGAAGAUAGAGUACCACUGCUCUGUGUGUGGCAAAGAGUUCCCUCAUGCCUACAAACUAGAGAGGCACGAGCUGAUCCACACGGGGGAGAAACCUUACUGCUGCUCCAUCUGUGGUCGAGGUUUCAACCAGAAGGGGAAUCUGAAAACGCACUACAAAGUUCACUUAGGUCGCAAGGGCGCUGUGGAGUUUGACGAUGAGGUGAAUCCCAUAGCGUCAGAACUCUCUGAAUACUUGAAGUCUCUGCCGGGGGAGUCCAGGAUCAGGUCGUCCCUCCAUUGCCUGGAAUGUGGAAAAAAAUGUGAGAGUCAGUCAGCUUUACAAGCACACCACAUUACUACACACUCAGAAACAGGUGGUGAAUCAGAUACAGCGGAGCACAGCACAUCACCGCUUUUCUUCUGCCGCCGCUGUGGCAUUCAGUUCAAUGAAAAAGAAAAGCUGGAAGAACAUAUGAAAACCCACAUCAAGGACAAGCCCUACUCAUGUCCUGACUGUGGAAAGAGGUUCAUCAACGAGAGCUACAUACAAAUUCAUCAGCGCAUCCAUACUGGGGAGAAACCAUUCCUCUGCUCCCAGUGCGGCAGAGGUUUCCACACAGCUUCGUCCCUCAAGCUGCAUGAGAUGCAGCACUCCGGGGAGAGACCGUUCGCAUGCUCCAUCUGCGGGAAGACAUUUCGGAUAAACUCGUACCUAACAGCACAUUACCAGACCCACAUUAAAGACAGGCCUUUCAUUUGUAGUGUCUGUGGGAAAGGCUACUCCAGAGCUGAGGAACUGAAGGUGCACCACAGGCUUCACACCGGAGAGAGACCCUACGAGUGUGGACAAUGUGGCAAGAGCUUCAUUUACCGCCAGGGUCUGCGGCAGCAUCAGCGCACACAUGCUGGAAGACGAAUCGGGCCAACCAGACAGCUCGGUAGACCGAAGCAAGAGGCCAGGCUUGACAACCACAGCUGAUCUAUUGAUGCAUUUUUUUUUUUUUUGUUGUUAACUGUGUUUGAAAAUAUUACAGUGAAUUGCGCUUCUUUCCUUAUCUACUUCCUUCCAUUCCUCCAACCUACAGCAGAGAAGAUUACUGUGUCUGAAAAUAUGUGCUACAGAGUCGGUGUGGAUUGCCAAGAAUUUACUGUGUCGUCUUUCUUGUAAUCAUGUUUUGUACCCAUGUUUUUAUGUUUACUCUUCUCUAGUAGCCCAUCUGUACAAUUUGAGUGCCUUUGUAUCCUGCAUGCCAAAUACUAAUAUUUAAUGUUAAAAAAUUAUGCACAAUAGCCUUGUUAUUUUAAAAUCCAUGGUGAUGGAAUACAGAAAUUUUUCAGAAACGCUUCAGGUUUUUUCUAAAUUUCUUUCUACAAACCAUAUUGCACAAAAACACCACCAAUCAUAGCGGGAUGAUCUAAAUUGCUUAUUCCUAAAGUGAUAAUUUAUCUUUAAAGUCUUUAAAGAACAGCAGCUGUUGUCAACUUGAACUACUCCUGCAACAUAACUUGCUGUCCAUAAUUUUAUUGCAAACAAAUUCUCAGAUUUUUGCCAAAAAAUAUUUCAUUUUUUUUAAUGUUCUAUACUCUUUAUUGAAAUAUUUAAUCACAGUGGAUGCAAAUAGUUAUUUUUGACACUGAUUGAAUAUGUCAUCUAUUUUCUCUUUUUGACUAACCAGAUGUUUGAUCCUCCAGAUAAAGUGGUGUACACCGUGGUUUACACUUUGAAUACUCACAGGUCAUCUCCAUUCAACUUACUAUAUGACCUCUAAAACUUUUUUAGCUGCAGGGUGGUAUUUCUAGUUAAUGAUUGAUCAUUUUUUCCCCAACGUUUGAGUACACUAUAACUGGCAUACAUUCAAGCUGAUAUGCCUCCUGUUCUAUGAAAGAGGAAACUGACAACUUUCAACAUUCUUCAACCCUGUGAGUGAACUGGUGAGUGAAAUACUUUAUAACGAAGACAGAAUUUGUAAAAGUGGUGCGACUACAUCAGCUGUGGUUGUCAAAGCUGAUUGUGCAGCAUUGACAGAAACUGCAGGAUGGAUCAGUUUGAGGUUUCAUUUCAAAGCGGGUGAAAUGUUUACACAGCAGAGCUGUAACUAUCAUCCCCUUUUAAGAAAGUCUACAGCUAAUGUAAAAAAAAAAAGGUUUGUUUACAUUUGGUUUACAGAUUCACAAAAAAACAAUAUAAACCCCUCACAGUUAUCAGAUUUCUACAACAACCUAAAGGAUUCUCAUUAAGUCAUUAACUUGUCAAGACUUGUGUGUGACCUUCAAGGAUUGACCCAUUUUCACUAAUCUGUAAUCAAAAUACAGCUCCUAAUAGGAGUUGUUACAUGCACC